CGUUUCAUAUUCUUCUUCCAUCAGAAUGGAAACUCAUCAGUGGUGGAAGAAGACGCUGUUACCCCUGCUAUUCCUCGCUCUGUUCUCCACCGUCGGAUCGUCGUCUUCCCAUCACGGUCUGCCGUCAUCUGCCAUACGAUUCAGAUUGCCACGAGGUGCUGCGGCGGAGAGGCGGGUUCCGGUGCGGCCAGGCGCGCCGUUUAAAGUUGCGCUGUUUGCGGACCUGCAUUUUGGGGAGAAUGCUUGGACGAACUGGGGCCCACUUCAAGACGUGAAGUCCAUCAAGGUCAUGAACUCGGUGCUCGACAACGAAGCUCCAGAUUUUGUAAUAUAUCUUGGUGAUGUCGUUACGGCUAACAAUAUGAUGGUUGCAAAUGCAAGCUUGUAUUGGGAUCAGGCAACCUCUCCAGCAAGAAAUAGGGGCAUACCUUGGGCUAGUGUAUUUGGAAACCAUGAUGAUGCUUCCUUUGAGUGGCCGCUGGAGUGGUUCUCUACCCCUGGAAUUCCUCCAAUCCGCUGUCCUCAAGCAGGACCUUCAUAUACAGGAGAAGAAGAAUGUAGCUUCAGAGGAACUGGACGAUUGGAGCUGAUGAAAAAUGAGAUCCAGCACAAUGAAUCAUUUUCUAGCUAUGGUCCUAGAAAUCUUUGGCCAAGUGUAUCCAACUAUGUCCUUCAAGUUUCAUCACCAGAUGAUCCAAAAUCACCAGUUGCUUUCCUUUACUUCCUUGAUUCUGGUGGUGGUUCCUAUCCAGAAGUCAUAUCUAGUAGCCAAGCUGAAUGGUUUCAGCAAAAAGCUGAAGAAAUUAACAGCGACUCUAGGGUUCCCGAGAUUAUUUUCUGGCAUAUUCCAAGUACAGCCUAUAAAAAAGUGGCUCCUAAGUUUGGCAUACGAAAGCCUUGUGUGGGUUCAAUUAACAAAGAAAGGGUUGCUGCUCAAGAAGCUGAAACAGGCAUCAUGGAUCUUCUUGUGAAAAGAACUUCUGUCAAGGCAAUAUUUGUUGGACACAACCAUGGAUUGGACUGGUGCUGUCCACACAAGAAACUAUGGCUGUGCUAUGCUAGGCACACUGGUUAUGGUGGCUAUGGUGAUUGGCCUAGAGGAGCUCGAAUUUUAGAGAUCACUCAGAAGCCCUUUUCCCUUCGAUCUUGGAUAAGGAUGGAAGAUGGUCAUGUGCACAGUGAAGUUGUCUUGAGUUGAAGUUCAUUCUUGCAAAUUAAGGCAGUGCCUCAACAACAGAAAAUACACAUAGAAAGUGUUGCUUGUAAAUUUGUAAAUGUAAUCAUUGUAUAUCAACUGUAAGUGGUAUGUAUUUAUGCGGGGAUGUACUUAUUCAAUAAUUGGACACAUUCUUUUAUUCUACAUUGAGAAUUGUAAGAUAUAUUGAAUAUAUAUAAGACGUAUUAUUUACUUA